AUGUCUGUCGUCCAGCUAUCACCAGCUGCGGCCCCAAUGACCGCCGCAGAACCUUCCGCGACCAAAGCCACGACCGAACCUGUGCCAAAGAUUGGAAUGAGAGUCAAUGGCAAGAAUUGGCAUGCUCCGAAAAAGCCGUUCCGCCCGACUGCCGGCCAGACGAGCUUUGCCAAACGGAAAGAACUGGAGACACUCAAACAAGCCACCAAGGCACGCGAACAAGAAAUGAGAGAAGAAAAAGUGGCCGAGCGAAAUCGACGCAUCCAAGCAAUUAAGGACAGGCGGAAAGCUAAAGAGGAGAAGGAGCGCUAUGAGAAGAUGGCGGAGAAAAUGCACAAGAAAGUGGUCGAGAGGAGGAAGCGGAGAGAAAAGAGGAAUAAGCUGUUGAAGAGUUGA